CAAGACCCUAGAAGACUAACUAAAGACCCUAGACUUUGUGCCAGAAAUGACAACCAAUAUAACCUAUAAAAACUAAUUGUUUUAAGUUUAAAGAAAAUUUAAUUAUUAAUAAAUAGAAUAUUAUGGCAGGUCACAUUAAAACACCGAAAUUUCCAACAAAAACGCCAAAAACUCCCCGUAAGCAAUGGCAAAUACCGGACACUUCUCUAUACAAAUUGAGGUACCAGUUAGCUGAAAAUGGAUGCAAGGAUUCACAGCUUGAAAUUGCCAAACGAUUGUUGGGAGAUGAAUGUGACAUAAAAGCAAUACGUGAGGCAAAUUAUAGACAAGCCAUACAUUGGUUAUUGCGUUCAGCAGAACAAGGUAAUGAAGAAGCUUUAGCUUUGUUAGAAACAUGCCAUCGCAAAGGCUUUGGUGUAACAGAAGAUAACAUAAAUGAUAUUAAAACCUGUCUCAAUAUGACACAUAAAGAAAAAUUGGCCCGUAAAACAGCAAGAGAAAUAUUCUCAAGUUUAUGCAAAGAAAGUGACCAUGUACAAUUAUGUGACUUAAAUAAACAUAUGAUCAAAACCCAUUAUUUGAAAUCAAGAAUUAAGGAUGAAAACACUCAUGAAUGUAUUGACUAUCAAAAAGUGCCAGAUAUGUUAUUGAAAGAAUCAAAUUUACUCUCAGCUGCUCUUGCUUUUGCAGAUGGAAAUAUACCAUCUAUAACAAAAUCUCUUCAGUUAAACACAUGCCUGUGUAUUUCGAAGACGCAUUGUAAUAUUUUAUCACACGUUUCAGUAAACACGAUUAAUGAAACUAUUUUGUUCAUUGCAAAUGGUGAUGGUCUUUUAGAUUCUGAAAAAAACCAGCAUGACUUUCUUGCAAAGAAUACUGCUCACCAAAAAAUGUUUUUUGCUGCAUUCAUAAUUCAUUUAGCAUUAAAUCCAUUUAUCUUUAAAUUUUGGAUUCCUCUUGCUGAAAUUGCAAUUCUUUCAUUGUAUUUGUCCAUUACUACUUUUGCGAUACUUGUUAUUGUUUCUAUAUUGUAUUUAUCUUCGAAGUUUUACAAUAUAUCCAUGCAUGUGAAUGGGAAAGCUUUGUAUAACAAUAAUGUAAAAUUUGAGCAAUAUUUAACAUGGGAAGAGUAUCAACACAUGUGUUUGAAUGCACAUGAAAAGAAUACCAACCACAUUGCUAAUCAAGUUGAUUGCUUGCAUUUGAAUGGUUUACAUAUCAAAUGGGAUGGCCAUGUCACAAAAAUCCGGCUAAGUAGAAUUGAAAACAUUUGGUCCCAAUUAUUAAAUAUGUUUCCCGAAUCAGUGAGUGAAUAUUUAAAAUGUUUUUUGGGACAAAAAUUAAAAUUUACUUGCACAGAUAAAGAUUGCAUAAUGAUCAACAAUAAAGUAAUAGAAUACAGAAAAUGUGAUAUAAGUCAAUGGAAUAGGUGA